AUAGAUAUCCACAGGCGAACAGCUGUUGAGACAUCUACCAAAAAUAUAGACAACCUAAGUGAAAAUGAAAAUUUGAAUUUUCUCCAACUGCUGAGAGCAGUUGGAUGCCAGCCGUGGUCGAGGAAGCGAGAAAUAGAAGCUAAAUCUAUUGGAUCGUGUCGCGACGUCGCAAGAAGCAGAUACAUAAAUUUCUAUACGCAAAUAGAUAAUAUAGCGAAAAAAUUUAGAAAAUUCUCGGACAAGUGCAGACUUUUAAAGUUUCAGAAAGUGCGGAAUACAUACACAUAAUACGAAAUUGCAAUCGAAAGUGAUAUAAUUACCCGAGGCAUAUUUUCAUAUGUGGAAUAUGAACGCCUCGUUGGGCAGUUAAAAAUAGAUUAAUAGAUGGCUAAAUGACGAGCACGAGCACAAAGAUAGAUCGCGAAAGUAGCACACGACUGCGGCUGGACAAGAUGGAGCAGCCGAUGGACGCCAGGCAGCAGCAGCGCCAUCGGAGGCGACUGGGUCGCAGUCACCGGGAGCCGACGCCCGUCACUGGAGAUGCCCUGCCCCAGGACGAUGCCAGUCCGGAUGCUCUGCCGGAUCCGUCACCUCAGAUGGUGCGCAUGCAGAUCAGGCCACCCGGCUCCAUGUCCGCCCACGAGAGCAAGAUCCUACGAAAGCGGGACAAGUCCUUCGCCAGCUCCUCGGCGCGCAGUCAAUCGCAGCCACGGGAGGCGGAGAAGCUGAGUAGUCCGGAUGCCAAUCAUCUGAUCAAGCAUCGCAGCCUCUCCUCGCCGCGACAGAAGGAGGAGUCCAGCGAGAGCGAGCUGACCACCGGCAGCAGCAGUCAGCAGCAGAGGCCCAUUCCCAAUCUUGGCCAGACACAGGAUACGCUAACCAGACUGGAGCAGAAUCUGCAGCGCUUCGAGGACGAACGACGACGUUUCGAGGCCGAGAAGCGGCUCUUUGAGCGCGAGAAGCGGGAGCACAAGAUGCGUCAUCGCCAGCAGCUGGACAACGAGGAGCGCAAGCGCCUCCUGCAGAGCUACCGCAAGCUCAGCGAUCGCAUCCAGCUGCCGCAGGACGAGGAGGAACGGCGCCGCCUCAUCCACAGCCUGCGUCUGCAGCGACACGAGGCGCCCAAGACUAGGGGUCGCAAUCGAAGUAGCGGCUACGAUGAAUCCUCCACCCAGUUCAGCUCCUCCGAUGCCGAUGCGGCGGAGGAGACCCUCCCGCGGCCACGAGCACCUAAGAUUCCCCAGGGCUUUGUGGCAGCCCCGAUCCGCGGAGCACCUCCACCGCCGCCAUCGGCGUCGGCAGCUCCAAAACCACCGGAAAGGCUCUCCGUGAGUCGCAACAACUCCCUUUCGCCCGUUAGACCCCAGCGACGAUCCAAGACUCCGGAGCAACGGGAGGAGAUCCUCCGGAAGCACGAGUACUUGGAGGUGGGUGAGUCCAGAGACGAGGUGAUAAAGCCACGCAUCUCGGAGGCAGAACAGCAGUCGGAGCUGAUGCAAAAGUACAUGGAGGCAGCUGAAAGGGCGGCAAAAGCGGAGGCUGCCCUGGCGGAGCAAAUCCUGACGGCGGAGGGAGUGCGUCGCAGCCACAGCUUGAGGUUAGCCGAUAAGGAAGAGAAGCCUCAAAAGCGCAGCUCCAGUUUGGAGCGUCCCCUUAGACCCAAGCGAUCGGGCAGUUUGGAAAGGAAGGAACAGGUAGCUCAAGACCUCCUUGAAGGUACUACUCCAAAUGAACCUGAUUCGGAACCGAAAUCCCUCGGGGAUCCAGCCUUGUUGCCAGAGGAACCCAGCUCAGAAGCAAAACCCAAAGUUACCUUAUGGCAGCGGCUGAAAAAUCUGUUUAUACGAAAGAAGAAGAUCCAGGCAAAGGGCGAAGAUGUCACAGAUCUCUCCACAGAAUUGCAUCCGGAGAAGUUGGCCUCCAGGGGUCUACUGUACAGCCUCAGCCUAGAAGCCCGUCAUGAAUGGAGACGCCUCAAGCUGGACUAUCCCCAAAAGGUGGAGGAACUGCGUCAGCUGCGUAACAGAUGCAUUGCCUAUCUCAUCUGCAUGGCUAUGCUUCUGGGAUUUGGAGGACUCCUGUUCCGGUACACGGAAGGAGCCGCGGAGAAUAUAUACAAGUGCGAGGUGCGCAAGGUGAAGCGGGAUUUCAUAGACAGGCUGUGGGACGUCAGCCACAACAUGAGAGAGGAGGACUGGAAGUCUCUUGCCCGCCAGAAGCUGCGCAGCUUCGAGGAUGAACUGAAUAAUUUAGCCGAAUUGGGACUACGCCGCUAUCCGGGCCAAAAGUCCUGGAACUUUGUCAAUUGCUUCAUCUUCUGUUGGACCGUAAUCACAACCAUAGGUUACGGCCACAUCACUCCAAAGACGGGCAUGGGUCGAUCCUUGACCAUAGUCUACGCCAUCAUCGGCAUCCCCAUGUUCCUGAUCGUGCUGGCCGAUCUGGGCAAGCUAUUCACGCGCUGCGUCAAGUUCCUGUGGGUAUAUGUGCGACGGAUGUACUACACGCGCUCCUGUCGCCGGAUACGGAAGCAGCAGCAGAUCCGGAGCGCCAUGACAGGCUUCAACACCAUGUACGACAUGGCCAUCCGCAGGCCGAGCAUGUUCUUCGGCAACUCUGGACCAGAUAACGACGAGGAGUCGCAGGCGGAUGCCGAGGCCGCAAGAUCGGUGGGCACCUCGCACCCGGAGACACCCACAUCGCCGUAUCCAGAGACCUUCGAGGUGGACGACGAGUUCAAUUUGCCAGUGUCGGUGGCCUCGCUGCUGCUCAUUACGUACAUCCUUCUAGGAUCCUUCGGCUUUCUAAUGAUGGAGCCCAGUUGGACUCCACUGGACGCCUUCUACUACGUGUUCAUUUCAAUGUCCACAAUUGGCUUCGGCGACCUGGUGCCCAGUAAUCCCUUCUACGUAAUGGUCAGCAUGAUCUAUCUGAUGUUCGGCCUGGCCCUGACCUCCAUGUUCAUCAAUGUGGUGCAGAUCAAGCUGAGCGAUCACUUCAAAAUGGCCAGCGCCAAGGUGGGCGCCACCAUUGGCAUGAACAUGACCAGCGAGCUUGGUGAUGAGGGCGGCUCCCAGGUUAAGACUCCCUCCGAGCUGGCCUCGGUGCACGGUUCGCGACUGGACAGGAUCGAGGAGGAUGGCCAGGAGGCGAAUGGCAAUGGCCACUCCCCAGUGCCACCGCUCACCUCGAUCCUGCGCGCACCGCGUCCUCUAUCGCCAGCAUCCAAUGGCGUGGAUGCUAAUGGAGUUGGAGCCGAUGCUGUUGGAGCUGGGGAUGUCACUCCGCCACCUCUGCUGCCCAGGCGUCAGGUUGCCGUGGAUCCCCAGCCGCCGGCGGAGGGGGAGAACAAGAAGAAGAAAAAGCACAGGUUUUUCUAGAACCCCUGGGAUCUUCCGCCUCCAAGAUGCCCAAAAAAACAACGACAAAGUUAACGUGUAAGAAACCUCAAAAAUGACAAGGCAAUUUCAAUCGAAUUUACCGGAACGCUCUUCUGCGCAAAACUCUAUAUAUUCAUUUAUUUGUUAUUUAAUUUUACUCACCAUCAUCGUAGCAUAAGUCUAAUGUUAAUGAAAUAAAGCGCGCGAGUUGACAACGCAAA